GAUGUGUCUGUACCUAAAACUGUGUCUCUGCAUGCUUUUACAGGCAAUACUUGGACUCCAGUCCUCUGACCAUAGGCCUACAAGAAUGUUUGCUUCAAUUAGAGACAGUGUGCAUUUACCAUGUGGCACAUCCUACAUCAAUUCCUGCUCCUCUGUUACCUGGAGUAUGGAGGAAAAUGGGUUUCCUAUCCAAUUAGUACUAUCAGGCAAGGUGGACGUGAAGGGUCCAAAGCCAGGAAGAGCCAGUCGACUGAAAGUGGGACAUGACUGCUCUCUACAAAUUCAACCUCUUGAAAUAGAUGAUGGAAGAGUUUACACCUGUGAAGAUGGGGCCACCAGUUCAAGGGUUUCUCUUCACCUUCUCAACAUUACUCUGGCAACAGACACCAAUAUAGCACCAGAGAUGGAUAUCAAGCUCCAAUGUCACCUGAAUAUAUUCUCAGGCCUUGUCCCACAAUGCAACCAUAGUGAAAUACAGCUUAAUUGGCUGAAUGAAGCCAAUACAGUGCUACAGGGAGAGAGAUUUCAAACCGAACGUUCAUCUGCUUGCCUCUCUAAACUGAUCAUCCGAGGUGUCAAGAAGACAGACCAUCACAGGAAGUGGCGGUGUCAACUGAUUGAAGGAAAGGUUGUGAAGACGUCCCUCAGCUAUACCAUAGAAAUUGCAGGAGGUAUAGAGGAAGUGUUUGUUGCAGUGGGUGAGUCAGUAUCACUUCCCUGUGUCACCCACUCUUCUCUCGAGGUGGGCAGCAGAUUCCAGUGGACUCUGGGUCAAAGAUCACUGUCCAGUCUGUCUCAGUCAGGUGAUGUCUCAGCUGGAACUCAGGGUCACCUCCCUGCAUCUCUCAUCAGCCAAGACGGGUCUUUGGUCAUCAGCAAUGUGAAAACACUGCAUUCUGGGCUCUACAACUGCUCGCAACAGAACAGAAUCCUACUACACACUCUGGAUGUAUCUGCAGAGUAUGCUACCCCAGGCGGAAACAAUCUCACCCUGACCUGCUCACUCACCUGUGUGGAAGAUGGUAGAGACUUCAAUUUGACCUGGACUCACAGUGGCCAGGAUGGGUUGCAGAGUGGUCCUAUAGGACACAACAACACCCUCAUCUCCAAACUCUUCCUUCCUGACCGCCAGGGCACAGAGAAGAUAGCCUGCACCGUGCUCAGAGAGGGGGUUGAAAUGGCUGUGAAGGAGUGGACCAUCCAGAGAGGUCAUGUACUACCUGGGGUGAUAUGGUCAGUCCCCCUUUUGCUGCUGUUGCUCUGUGCUGUUGGAAUAAGGGGCGUGUAUUGGAAGAGGCAGGGCAAGGGAAGUGCCGCCGAAGGAGAAGUACAGCAGACACCUGUUGGAAUGACUCAUAUCUAUGAAGUUAUUCAAGAUUUACCUCAAGCAAUACAACCUUCAGGAGUAACGAACGACAGUUUUUAUGAUCUUCUGCAAGCUGUGAACUGAGUGUAAUGUCAUGUCCUCUAUUUUUAGGCCAUUAGUUGAGUUUUAAAUCAAAUCUUUGUACUUUUUACUAUGUUUUUGUUUACAUUGUUUUGUGGUUUGGAUUUCCCUUGAUAUUUUGUCACAUUAAGUUUCACCAGUACAUCAAGCCUAUGCAGGUUUUUUUUGGGGGGGGGUUCCUUCUAUUACACUGCUCAAAAAAAUAAAAGGGAAC